GUGGAGGUGGUUUGACAGCGGCCGAGUUGCUCACGGUUUGACAGCAGUCCUUCUUAUCAGACUGUGUUAGUCUGCCGCCUGCUGACUGUCCGUGACGAACCGUCAUUUCGCCUCCCACUUGUUGAAUGCAGACGGAGAGGUUAACUUAAAGUGAACUUCACCACUUAAUUGAUUAUUUCAGGAGCGAAACCAGAAACCAACCGUCUCGUCGUUGCACGUCUCCAUGGAAACUGUUCAGGUAAAUGAGUUAGCUGAGUAACCAGGUUGGCAUGAGUUAGCGUUAGCAUGCUGCUAGCAGGGGUUGGCUAACAAGGGCAGGGCCAGUUUGCUGCAAGGUGACGAACAGGUAAAGAAAGUAGUUUUAGUGCUCAGACGGAGUCUAAUUCCUUGACAUUAGAUUAACUGACGGGAAAUGUUUUCUCCAUGUACGGUAGUGAUUUCAAAAACUGUGUUUGCCGUCCGCAGAAAAUUACGACUGGGUUUACUCUGGACCUGGGACCACUGAAAGAACCUCUGGGUUUUAUUCGUGUCCUAGAAUGGGUGAGUACAGCCAAAUAAAUCCAUUUGAAUGUAUUCAAAACAGUUUUCAAGCCACUAAUAUCUUACAAGUUUUCUACUGAGAUGUCCUGUCAUGUUUUUAUUCUCAGUGUCUAUACUCUCUACUAGUAAUUUGUCCACUCCCCUAAUACCAUCAACCAAACACUAGUCAAGUGUUGGUAGCCUGGUAUUUCAGUACACCAGCACGGUAAAACAGCAGAGAUAAGUCCCAAAGAUUGCAGAUCUCUCUGUGUCUACUUUCUUGAGCUGAAGCUUUGUGGUCUUGGCUUUUGGCCCGUCGUUUCUAAGUUAAAUUAGGCGAUCUUUAGUCGGUUUACAAGGCACGGUGUAGGCUUGCUGCAGAUUUCCUUAGUAAAAUGUUAAUCCAAAUAAUGAUGUCAACCUUCCACCAUGAGCCCUAAAGCUAAUUUCAAAGUGAAUUUGUAUGUGUAUAGCAAAAGACUCAAGCAAUUUCUGAUUAAAUCCCAGAUAUCAGGACUUCUUAAAUAAGCAAGCUAUGAAAAUACUUGCUGAACAGUUUCAGUGUGUGUUUUGGAUGCUGUGUUGUUGUUCACGUGGACUGGAUUUUUGUGCAGCUGUAUGUAAUGAGGCCAGCUCUGAAGAAUCAAGUAGCUUAGUAAUACAGUCUGUGCUGUAAAACAUACUGUAAAUACUGCAGGGGUGGAGAGUCACUAGUUACAUUUGCUCAUAUUGCUGUGACUGAGGAGCACUGUGUAUACUUAAACUUUUGUGUAGUUUUUAAAACCAGUACGUUAAAGCCAAUUUUCUCUUAUUUGUCACUGUGAGUAUCGCAUUUAGUUCUCAGAAGCUUGUCAGGGAAGUUUUGUUUACUGCAUUUGCUGCAGUUUUGUCCCACUAUGGUCAAUGAAAUCCUGUGCCUCUCUUUACAAUCAACCAUGGCUCAAGUGGGUCCUCGAGUGAGGACCAUCUAACAAUUGCACUACUGACAAAGGAAGCUGCAAAAAUAUUGGAGAACUUAACCCUGGAUACCUGCAGAUUCAAUAAAAUUUCACUUAUUGUCGUGUUAGGUGUGUUUUAUAGAAUAGUUAGGAAAACCAGGCUUUUACAAAACUUGUGGGCAUAUCCUACACCCCCAACCCAAGAUAUGCCACUUAUAAAAUUAGUGAAAACAAAAUUGUCCUGUGUGAAAGGAGUUUGUUGACACAACACCCUUUCAGGUUGAAGUAAUUGGAUAUAUUUUUAGCUUUUUUUCAGGCACUUUGGGGACAGCCCCUAAUGCUUGAGUCACAGCCUGCUGUGGAAAGAGUUCAUUGUGGAUUGUUCAGGUUACAAACAGCUCGAUGAAUAUCAGGCUUUACCUGGCUGUCUAUCCCAUGUUUGGAUAGAAAGAGUCAUAGGUCAUGUAAAGCAGCAUUUCCCUGGUGAGUUAUUGACCCAGGAAGGACAAACCUUUUCUUCUCCCUCGCUUCCUCUUACUUCACCUGUUCAUGAGGCGGUCGUUGUCAGUCAAUCAGAUGGCAGCCGUGCAGUCAACGGAAAGCUGUAAGUUUUUUGUUUUUCUCAGUUUUUUGGCAAAGUAACUGGUGAUAUCUAUGUAACGUGUAAAUCUUAAAAAAAAAAUACUUGAGUGAAGAUACUAAUUUAAGAAGUGAUUGUGAUUUGUGAUUGAUUGGUAGUCAAAUGAAGUCAAAUCUAUGAUAAUGGAAAAAUAAACUUGUCCAGUGACGUUGGCAGAGGUGACAUCAAAGAGCUGGAGAGGGUUAGUACAACAAAUAUGCAGUAUAUAAGGUUUGCAUAUGUGCUACAUGAAAAUAAAGUACAAUGUAAAUAAGACAAACAUAAAGGAAAGACAAAUAGCUAAACAGUUGAAAGAAAAUUAUAUAAGUCACAAUCUGUUGUAUCGCAAUACUCACUGUAUUGCAAAAUCUUAAAACUCGCAAUAAUAUCGUAUCGUGAUAAUAUCGUAUUGUGGGGCCACUGGGGAUUCCUACCCCUACUGGCUUUACCAAAGACAUGUGGUUUUAUAGGGAGCUAAUAUUGGGUGGCUUUGGCAAGAAUAUGACAAAAUGAUACAAUGGGUUUUAAUGAAGAAAACACAUUAAGACCCCUGUAUAAUGACCUUUUAAAGAAUUUCGUUGCAGUCAGAAUAGCUUUAAUUAUCAACUAUAAGUGAAGGAAAGACUGCUUUCUGGUUUUAGGAAAAGUCAAAGAGUCAAGGAGAGUGGAGUUUACAUUACACAAAGAACUGCAGAAAGAUGCAGAUCAUUUUAGUAAGAGUUCAUUUGCACUUGUGAUUUAUUUAUGUAUUGAUUUCACAUUUUCAAUUUGCGAUUGAGGAAUUUGAUAUCCCAUUGUAUGCUUUUUCUGGUAUUAUGCAGGCGGAGUUCCAAUGUGAUACAGUAGUCUGUCAUUUACUGCUGUAUUUUAUAUAAGCAUACAUGAUGUGCCCCUUGUGACUUUACCUGCCUGAAGGGUUUGCAGAGUGUUGAGUUUUAAUCUGUAAAGAAGUGAGCUACAGAGACUAAAACAGGUUUUCAAACCAGGCAGUAAACAUGUUGUUUUCUACUGUAGGAAUGGGACCUGAUAGGGUUUCCUUGGCCGCGGGAGCCAGCCUUAUGGGGACAAUUAAGAAACUGCAUUUUUUGCACUUCUGCUUCUAGUUUGAGUCAGUUAUUCUUACAGAAAAUGGUGAUUGAUUGAGAGUUUUGUUGACAUAUGCAGCUCCUGCAGCAUUUGCACUACUCCUCUAAUCCUCAACUGGAUUAGCAGAGAGAAAGCAUAGUAAACACUGACACAAAAGUUAUUGAACUUAACCAGAAGUGUGUGCUUUAGACCGACACAAGAAUCUGUUCUGCUUUGUGUGGACUGACUGAUCUUUGACAUUUCAUUGGGAAGUUAAAUGCGUGCUGUGGUUCCAGGUGAGGUCAGCCCCUUCAUAGAUCCAGCAGACAGAUCACUUCUGCACAUCCUUGGACUUGGACAGUAUUUUGACUUUACUUUAGGGCUGCUAGAUCAUGGUAAAAAUCCCCUCUCCUCUCUCCACCUGUCACUGCCUGAUAGUUUGUACCACUGCAGCACAAUGUCUGGAAAAUACAGAGGUCCACAGUUGAUGUUAGCGAGAGCUGCAACGUCCCCACUCUCCUAAACUUCACAUUUUGAUCCAAGCUGCUUAUGAUGACAGGAAAGUGAGAGCUGUUUAAGUGGAUGGGCUGCACCCACGCUCUGCUGUUGAGGAUGAGAGGAAAGGUACACUUUAUUCCAUGUACAGGACGUAAUGGAAACACUGCAGGCCGCACAAUGACUGUUCACUCCUGAUUAUCGUGUUUUUAUGAUCGCAAGGGACCAAAAUCGUAAUUGAAAUUAAAAUCUGAUCAAUCCCUUUUCCAUUUUUAAUAAAAAACUUUUUAAAAAUGCAUUUAAAAAAAAAUUGGUGAGGAGAAAUAUUGUGUUGAUUUUUUUUUAUGCUGCUCAGUCAGAGUGAAACAAACUCAAGGACUUUGUGGAAAACAGAAACAAAAACGAUAAAACUGCUACUUUCAUUUCUUCCUCCAGUGAGUAAGCACUAUUUCCCAUGUUGAUAUGUAUGAGCAAUAACUUUGAUGUGUUAUCAUUUCAGUUAAUUUUCCUCUGAAGUUGGUUUCUCAUUGAUUUGUCCGCUAGUUUUUCAUGGGAAUUAUUGAUUGUCCUCUCAGCCAAGACAUUUGAGUUUCAUGAUUUCUCUAUUCUGUGGUUUCCUCUGAGCAUUAACUCUCCAGCAGACUUAGCUGCUUUGAAUCAUUAAACCUGGCUGUCUUUGCGGUUUCAGGGCCAAAGCUGCCAGAACUCCUCCGGGGCGAGGCUUUUCUUAGUAUCUGAGUUCUGGAAAACAGCUCCCCUCCCUCUUCAAUCAUAAUGCUAUUUGGAAGAUGUUUAGUAUGAUAGGACUGGAUAUCAGACUGGUCUGUGUGCCUCAGCCAGUAAACAUGAACAUUAGCAGUAACAGUUGUUUGUCACAGUGUCAGGUGGAGUGCGGUCACCGUUAAGGGAGUUGGCGUUCUGGUUAAUUCUACAACCCUGAAUCUUUUCUGGGUCGUUCUAGCUUUAUAUCCCUGUGAUGAAAUGCUUUUCACAAACAAAGGUUGUGGCAUAGAUUUCCUUAUUGCUGGUGUCAGAGCCUUGUGACUGUGUGCUGCUGUCCCCUUAUCUGCCAGACACUCCCUGAUCAGGAGGAGCAGUGAGGAAUUGUGAGGGAGGGUGGGCGUGGAUGGGACACUAGACUCCAGACAGGGAACCCCCGCCCUAACAGCAGGUCUUAUUUAGGGUGCUGUCAGAUUGGUCUGGGUGGGUCAAACAAGGCUCAGAUGGUAGCUGAGAAAUGUUAUGGGGAUCCUGAGACACCUGAAAGAUGAAACCCAUUCCUUUAAAUCCUCAGAGGGCGAGAAGCUUGCUAAAUACUGCACUCUGUUUCCCUGUAUGUGUGUGUUUAUUCCUUCUGUCAAAGCUGCUGUCUGCUCCACCACUGCAGCCCCCUCCUGUGCUGCGGCCUACUGUGCACAUCUGCUGUGUAGUUGAAAAGGAUCCUGAUGAUUUGGGAAUGUGUGUGCUUUGGUAGAGUGGGUGUGAGUGAACAAAGGACAUUAUUCUUGAGAGAAAGUACGGAAGCAUGAAUCACAUGCUGUAAUCAGGAGGUUUUCAUUGGCAGGAGGAUGUCCGGGGAGGGGGGAGAGGUGUGUGAAGAAGGCUGCCCUUUGGCUCUCUGUGUUCAGAAACUUAAGUAAGCAAACUUUACAAGACUGCUGAUAAAACACUACCAAUUGGUUUGGGGCAAAAUAGUUUCUUGUGACCAUGAAAAGUCUAAACUGUUACAGUUGAAGGACUGCAUGCUCUCAAUUAAGGCAAUUUUCCAAACUCUUUUGGCUCAUCAAAACAUGUUGUAUAUCAUUAAACAUGAAGUGUCAUCCAGCAGCAAGUCUGUUCCUGACACAGUUUUGGCUUAUCAAAGAUUUACAGUCCAAGCAAAUUGUGGCCUAGAGGAUAAUGUCAGACAGAGUAACCCUUCAGUAGUCUUAGCAGGCCUAUGCAUACAGUAUGCAUUGAUGAAGAGAUGUCAGAGUUAAGGUCCUUACACACCGGGAACGACACAAAUGUACGAUGCAAAAUUCCGAAAUAUUCAGAGGGGAAUUUUGAUGCGCCUGACUAUACACAUCAAGCGCAUUGCGAAUUUGCGACUUUCCGGGGGGGGGAAAAAGACGUGUCCGGGGUGAAGACUGACACAACACCAGACUGACUGUUUUUCAGUUCUGAUUAGACACUAGUGUUGAGAUGGCUGUCUGUCAUGAUAGCAUGUACUGAGUCGGGGUCAGUACCAGAUAAGCACAUUAAACUGUUUUCCAUAAAAGUGAGGUAACAACAGAGACCUAAUGGUGCUGUGACAGCAACGCGAUUGAGUUUGAGACAGUGAAAAUACUUAUGUUGUAUCUGAACAGAUUAGCUUACGAGCUAAAGUUACUUAGCACAGAUGAAAGUUAAAAUAAAGACGUUUAGCAAACUGUUAAAGCACACAAACCAUUGUCAUAUGAGAGAUCCGACGCUAUAGCUCUCCACAAGUUGUCCUUCAGGUCGUUAUCUUUGUAAUAUUUGUGUUUUUUAUCAAAAAGCACUCUGUUCUCCGACACGUAAACAAUCAGCCGGUCGGCCAUGUUGCAUAUACCGGUAAAUCUGAUGUCGCAACAAUACGAAAUCUGAUUGGUCAGACUUUAGAAAUUUUACAGCUCAAUAGGACUGUAUGAUGCAUCCACGUUUUAUGAAAUUUUGUCUGCGGUUGCUGUUUUGCAUUCACCACACUCAGUGAAAAGGCAGUAUGUUUAGUCCUCAGUGAUUAUUUUGCUUUGUUUUGUUUACCUGUUGCUUCCAAGUCACUGACUGGUAUGCAGAACUCUCAACAUGGACAGUAAAGAUGCAGGAUGUCUGACUCCUCAGCACUUAAACUUCGAAAGUGUUAUGUCAUCAAACAGCAUUAAAAUACACGAUGUACUAACUGCAUGUGUUUAACUGCAUCUGCAUCAACAAUUUCAUAGACUACAUUUACAAACGGUAGCACUAAUACUGCACACAGAGCAGUUGUUGGUCUGAUGCCUUGGUGAGGGGUGCUCUGGCAAUGCUUAGGAAGUCUACAAAGGAACUUAAACUCUCCAGUUCCCGACCUUGUCUGCACAAUCUGCCACCAAGUGAAUAGUGAGACAAUAUGAACACAUUUGAAUUAACAUGUAUGAAUUAAAAAAAAGUUUACUUGGCACAAAUGUGUGUAGACAGAGUGUGUGGAGCUUUUGAAACUACAGUCAGAAAUUUAGGACACAAUUCUCACAAUGAGAAUGAUGCUCUGACCCACAUCUACAAACCAACCAAUCAGAAGAGGGCAUGAAUGGAAACUGAAUUCUUUGGCUGACAACCUAAUUGCAGCGUGUUUUCGAGAGUAUCCAGACCCCUUGUGCCAUGUUUUGCUAUGUUUCAACCUGACCAGGGAGUCAAAUUAUUAAAUGAUUCAUAUCUAAUAUAUGUUGUGUGUUGCAUCAUGUGAAAGUUUCAGUUAUCUUUACAUUAUUGCUGAAAUGUUUUUGAAGGGUGAAUAAGUAUACUUUCUUUUUUCUGUCAGACAUCACAAAUACAAAGUUUGAAGAUUUUCAGUGUCAUAUUUCAGUGAUGGUUUGCUGCGACAUUUGAAGGAGAAAACAUGAUUUCAGACUAAAUCUCACGAUAAAACAUUUUACUUUUUAGUCAUAUUGAUUGCAUUAAACCAAACCUAACCCAUUUAAGGUUUGAUUUAUCCAUGUAAAUAUUCAAAAAGCAUCUGUGAAGCUCUGCUGGUUAGACUGUCACCCUUCUGCAGAGAGCACUCAUGUGAACAGCAGCUGUAUUGAAACUCUUCCUCCUACUGUCCAGAUAUUAAUGACAUGGGCGGCAUGUGUAUAAUGUGUGCCACUGUUGGCUGUACAACAGAAUGCUUUUGCAUGCAAUCCUACUCUGCUCUGUUCCUAGUUUGUGUUUCUAUUUUAGCUGCAUGUUGUGUCAUCUUUAAAAACAGCAUGAAACCGCAGCAGUCAGGGUCUUAACAACAUUGUUGUCUGGUUGAACACAGUUUACUGUUAAGUGCCUCAAUAAAUGAUACAAAGACUUUCUAGGAUUUUUCUCUUACUGGCUCAUGAAUGUUUUUACUAAGUGGGAAGCAGGAUUUAUGUUAUCACACUUUUUCUGCACAGUCAGUUUCUGUUGAAUUUUUGGGGAAGUGGCCUUAGUUCCUCUUUACUUUCCAUUUUCCUGCUGGUGUCUGCUUUCUGUCAGCAGUUAUCAGCCUGUUUUUCUCCGUUGAAGAGAGACCUAUGUUGACAUGAUUUCUGAUGGAAUAAGCAAAAAAAAAAAAAAAAAGUGCAACAUAGUAAAAUAUUCCUCCAACAUGAAUGUACAUCAUUUCAACUAGCCUGGCUGGGCCAUCCUGUUGCGUGAAUUACUUGCCGUUCCUUCCCAUAAGUGACUGGACUUCGGCCCAUUGGGAGUGUGUAUUAGUGAUCAGAAAAUAACCGGGCCAAUCAGUGACUGUGUUUCCACUGUUCCCUGGACAACAGGGAAAGGCAGCCCCUGAUUGGUCCAUGUAUAGAUGGUGACAUCUAACACAUGCUGCGGGACUUUUCAAAGCGUCGUUCAUUCAGAACGCCGUGAAUUCUGCAGUUGACUCUGCAAAGUCGGCAGAAAUCGUUUAUAUCCGACGUCUUAUGCGGAUAUAAAUACACAUACAAAAGAGGCCGGGGUCGGAUUUGAAAAAUAUCAGAAUUGCACUGUUCACUCUUACAUGAAAAAAUCAGAUAUGUGUCACAUUGACCUGCAGUGUGAACAUAGCCUAAACAUAUUGUGAUAUUGAUUUGAGGCCAUAACGCCUAGCCCUACAAUGAACCAGAGGAGGCAAAAUGUUUUGCGGUGCAACCUAUAGCUCAUCCAGUGGUUCUCAAGUCCAGUCCUCGAGGCCCACUGUCCUGCAUGUUUUGGAUGUUUCCCUUCUCCAACACACCUGAUUCAAAUGAUCAGCUCGUUAUCAAGCUCUGUAAUGGCUUAAUAACGAGCUGAUCAUUUGAAUCAGGUGUGUUGGAGCAGGGAAACAUCCAAAACAUGCAGGACAUUGGGCCUCGAGGACUGGACUUGAGAACCACUGAGCUAAUCUAAGUUACAAAGCAUGCACAGCCAUUGAACAGGUUACCUUUUGUCUUAGUUUAGGAUUUUGAAGCUCGGUGUUUGGUGUAAAGGCUCCAGAAUCAUGAUGUUAUUUCUUGGUGGUAAAAAAAAGAGGAAAGGGGUGUUUCCUCUUUGGAAAAAAGUUGUGGCAGAGCCAAAUGACAGUGAAGAGGACAAGUCGGUUCAGCAGAAGGUUAAAAUGGCUACAUAUUUUGAUCACAAUAAAGAAAAAAAGCACCACAAUAUCAGUUUUAUUAAUCAGUAGUUGUGGUUGUAAAAUGCAUCAUCACUCAUGCCCUCUUUAUUAAAUCUUGACUUUAAUUAUGACUUAAACCUUUGAAUAUUAAUUUAUUCUUUCUUCAGACCUUUGUCAGGCAAUAUUUUUUAGUGACAUAUUUCCUUGUCUCUGCAGGUCUUUGCCAUCUUCGCCUUCGCCACCACUGGAGGUUACUCUGGAAAAACACACUUAAAAAUAACCUGCAAGGAACCCCCGGUGCCCCCGGUGCCCGAUGUCUAUCCCUCUUUUGGAUACCCGUUCAGGUACUGUCAUACACCUGGAGGUCCCAGAGAUUGCUCUCUGUUGUUAUGCUUGUUCUCGUGACUAUCAAUACAUUUUCAAAUGAAACUUGAGGGAAACUACAGGACUGAGAGAUCUGUUUUUAUUCGCCAAAACUGAAAGGCCAAGCAAACACUGGUUAGACCCCUCUCCUCUUUCAGUUGUCAAACAGUUUAACUGUACUGGAUGAUGCUGCCAUCAUCUGGCGAAAAGUUUUAUUACUUCACUUUGUUGAAGGAGAAUUUACCCCUCCUGCUUUGGACACAAAAUACUGAUGCAGUGCUAUUGUAUCAAUACUAACGAUUCCAUACAAAAAGAUAUGGAACCAGGAAAUUCGAGGUUGACAUGCAGAAGACAACCCCUGCUACUACUGUUAGAAAGUAUUCUCUGUUUUUGCAUUUUACUUUGGGUGAAUCAAAAACCUAACAUCUGGCUAAAGCAGGUAUAAAAUCUGCAGCAGCCUUUUUCUCAUGUAGGCGUGCAGGCCAAAACUAAAAACAUCACUGAAGGCGAUCAUCAUUUAUGCAUUGCAAAGUUUCCGUUAUGUCAGCUAUACAGGUGCAUUCCUCCUCUGUUUGGUUUGCGCACACAAUUUUUUAAAAAAUCCUAUAAGUCUUAAUCCUUUCAUAUUUUUCCUGCUUGCCUCUUUUGGAUGAAAGAGUAAACCAGGUGAGGACUUAUUUUCUCUGAAAUCACACAAAAACAGUGAAAACCUGUAAAAACAGGAGCCACUAGAGCACAAUUUGAAAGUACCUUCUCUUUCUCCCUUUAGGUUGUCAGCUACUCCAUACAAGCUAACUUUCUGUAACAACACCGAAUCUGGCCCCAUGUUCCUGCAGGGUGACUUCUCCUCCUCAGCAGAGUUCUUUGUAUGUGUCGGUGUUUUUGCUUUUCUUUAUUGCACCGCAACUCUGAUCCUCUACCUGGGCUACCAGCAUGUCUACCGCCAAACUACCCGUGGGCCCAUCGUAGUGAGUACACACCUCUGAUCAACAAAGAGUUUUGUCUUAUGUGAUGUUUGUUGAUUCGUGUUGUAUCAGCAGUGUAUGUCUAAUUUGUUUUCUUUGUUUUGAAAAAGGAAUAAAAAUAUUAAUUUAAAAAACAACAAAAAAAGUUCUUUUAAAACCAUCAACAACUCUUAACACUGACUUUUUCUGGGUCAAGGGAGGGUUGAGAUUGAGUUUUUCUUCCUGAUGUGGAGGCUGUGCUGAUGAAGUGCAUCGUUGUUAUAGUGCGUCAUCAAAGGUUCUUCUGGGAAACCAUUUCUUUUUACAUAAAGUUUCCACUGCAGUGCAUACACCACAGGGUGCAGCGAGUGGGGUUGUGGGGUCAAGUGUUUUGCUCAAGGACACUUCAGCGUAUGUACAGCGGAACCUAAGAUCGAACCCCCAACCUUGCAAGUGGGAGAUGAAUAUCUCUUCUACUGAGCCAAAGCUUGGCCCUAAGCUUGGACAGGAUACGUACUUGACUGCUGUCAUUACCAAACCAAAGAAAUGAACAGACUAGUGACCUGAAUUCAAUGAGAGACCAAAAUAGUGACCAAGAAGUAGGGAUGGGCGAUAUGGGCUAAAAAAUUAUCAUGAUAAGAUUUGCCAUUCUGGCGAUAACAGUGAAAGUCCAGAUAAAAAAAUGUUAUAAUUCCAAUCUAUAUUUUUGACUCAUUUUGUCUUGAGAACACCAGUUGGAGUAGUCAAAUAAGAUAACCAUAAGUUUGAGUGGUAGGUUAUGGAGAAAACUAAUGACAUCAAACAAAUCUCAAAUGUGAAAACAUUUUCAACAUUUAUUGAAAACUCUUAUUGCACAGAGUGAACAGCAGCAGAUCCACUGUUAAAUGUCAGGCAUACCUAGUUGCGCUCAUCUAAACCCCAAUCUUGAAGGAAAUCCCUCAUGUGGAGCCUCGUUCAGUAACGAGCUGCUCAGAAGCGUCUUCUUCAUUACCUUCAGCCAUGUCUGUUUGUUAUUCUGCUCUAUGUGGGCUAUGGUAUCAACUUGCAUUUAUCGUAUUUAUCAUGAGAUGGCAAACAUUUAUCAUGAAGGAUUUUUCUGACGAUAUAUUGUCAACCAUAAUUUAUCGCCCUUUCCUACCAAGAAGUACGAAGGUGGUGUCAGGUGAACUCCAGCACCUGGUACUACCUUAUGUGUAUUUUCUAAGGGACCUGUCCAGUCUCAGACUCAGAAGUUGUGAAUUUUUCAUUUUGAACCGAUGAAACUCUUUCAAAUGUUGAACUGUACUAUCGGUCAUCUAUUUGGUCUCAUUCCCAUUUUUCUUUGACUGCAUUUGUGUGAACUUUGCUACUUGCCAUUUAAAGAUCACAGGUUUAAGAAAUGUAUUAUUUUUUUAAAUUUUAUAUAUAGGUUCAUCUUAAAAAUUCAGAAUACAAAAAAUCUACAGCCUUAACUUUAACAGGGGGAUUUAUUGAAAUGGUUGUAUGUGUAACAGGAGCUAAGAACCUCCUGAAUACUCAUGUCUGUUAAUAUUUCCCUAAGUUUCCUCAAUGUUUGCUGUGUUUCCUUCACUAGGAUCUGGUGCUGACUGCUAUCUUUGCCUUCCUGUGGUUUGUGUCCUCUGCGGCCUGGGGCAAAGGCCUGACAGAUGUCAAAUGGGCCACAAACCCGGAGCACCUGGUGGAUCGCUGCAAGGAUAUCUGUAGCCCAGGAGAUUAUCCUUCCAUGGGCCGCCUCAAUGCCUCUGUGGUGAGUUAUUUUAAAGAAGGCCUGAUCACUUCAUAACUUCUUUUUUAAGGGAUUCAAAAUUCAUGAAAACAGAAAAAAAAGAAAAACAUUGAACUUUUUUCUAAACCAAGGACUUGGUCCUCUCUGCUAUAGAAAGUAUGAUUGCAGUAAAGAUUGAACUCUGACAGACUCUGACGGCAAAUGAUUCUGCGGCGGGGGACGACGCGGCUCGGCGGUGUGAAAAUAUACUGAUAUCAGCACAAGAAGGCAAUUAAACACAAAUAUUAUAUCCAGCAAACCACCGUACGUUAAUUAACAUGGAUGCUCUUCAAUCAUCCUGUCUUCAGCUGGUCUUCAGUGGGUUGGGUGAAUCCAAAAUGGUGAAAACAAGGGAGUUGUUCUGAGACAGGCUCUUACCUGUGAAAUGGGGGUGCUCUGAAAACACACCAGCAUUUUAUAAGUUCCUCCUGAUGAAAUUAACUAUAGACUGUAAAGUAAUGCGGAAAAAAAACUGAGUCGAACCAAUCAGAACUUUGGUCGACUCAGCACGUAUCAACCAAUAAGUCGACCAGUCGAUUAGGACUUUACGGCCCUAGUCAAAAAAAAAGUCUCUUGGGGGAAACAUCUCUUUGGGCUACAGAUAUCCUUACCUGGGUAAUCAUCAUGUGUCCUUUGAAAUUCCUAUGGAGAGAUCAAUUUGAGUGACAUAGCUGCUGAUGCGAAAGAGAGAUGGAAAUGGAGACAGAGAUGGAGGCGGACGACACAGAGGCUUUCGGCCAGUGGCGAUACUUCCAUUACUUUUGCUUAAUUAGUCAAGAGGACAAAAUUAUUUGUGUGAAAUGCACUCUUUGCCCAGGUGACAUUCAUACAGUAAACAAAAUUAUGCUGACUAUGUUCAGUGAUGAUUGGGCUUUGGUGUUUGUCCAUUUACCUCUACAUGGUAAAUUAAGGAACGGAAAAGUAAAGUAAUAAAUAGUGAAGUAGCUUUUCAAAUGCAGUAACUAGUUAAGUAAUCUCAUUACAAUUUACAGAAGUAACUAGUUACUAUUAACAAAUGACUUUUUAUGAGUAACUACACCAACACUGACAAUGACAAACUAUUAUCAAGUAUUCCAACAGCAUGGCUCUGUAGUAGGGGACUUCUCAUGCGAAGUUGACAUACUGCAGUCCUGACUUGUCUCCCAUUGAAAACAAUUGGUGCGUAAUAGAUCCAAAAAUACAAUACAGGAGAUUUUGAACUGUUUAGCUGCUGAAACUCUGUAUGAGGCACAAAUGAGACAGCAUUUCACAUUCGGAACUACAAAAACCGGCCUCUUUGUUUUCAAAACAUUUGGAGUGUUUUUAAAGGAAGAGCUGAUGAAACUAAAUGGCAAACAUUUCCUGUCCCAACUUUUCUGGAAACGUUGAUUUGAGGUUGAAAAUGAGCCUGUAUUUUUCAGAAAACAUUACAACUUUAUACCUUCGAGAUUUGACAUGAGGUCAUUACUGGGAUGAUUAGACAAACACCAAAUUCAGUUUUUAUCAACAUUUCACUCUGCGUCCCAGCUCUUAAAGAAUUGUUAAAAUUCAGCAACACUAAAAUACUUGUUGAUGAAACCCGAACACUGUUAGAUUACAAACACACCAAAACUAAUAUCAGCUGCCAGUAAACAACUCAUGGCCUCUUGUUUUCCACAGAUUUUUGGCUUCUUGAACUUGAUCCUGUGGGGCGGUAACUGCUGGUUCAUUUACAAGGAGACUCCUUUCCACAAGGAUCCCAACCCACCCGUCACCGUGGAGGAAGGAGGACCCGUUGGGCAGUAGGCACAUCACUGAGGAUCCUCAAGCACAGUCCUGUACCCACAGCAAUGCUUUGUGCCCAACAUUGGUCUCUUAUGUUAACCUGCAGAAAUGGGAAAAAAGGAAGCCCCCGGAUACCCCUCUCCCUUCUUUCUUCAACAACACUUUUUUUAUUGCCCUUAACCUUCCCCCACAAGAUCAGGCUUAGUUUUAACCUUGACACCAACACACUAAUUAGAAUAUAAAAUGCGCAUUUGUGGUUUACAAAAGCAGGCCCCAAGUGCAUUUACCUCCAGAGUUCACUGUCCUCCCUCUAUGUCCACUCCACAGGGGGGCGACAUAGUGAUGAAAUCAUGCUGUAAGUAGCAGUAUCUGUUCUGGUCCCCCAUCAGUGAAAAAGGGAUUAACACAAGUUAGAAUUGGACCACUCUCAGUAAAUGCAAGUGCUGCAAUCUGAGCAUCACUCAGAGGCAGUGGGGGGCCAAUGCACAGCCACAAUGAGAUGUGUUGACCUUUUUGGAUUAAUGCUGGGACCUUUUUUUAAUGUUUGUCUGCGUUUUGGCAAACCAUCAUUGCUUACAUCGCAAUGGAGUCUGGGUGGUGACGUAAUGUUGUUGCGCUUUUACCCUAUGCCGAGAUACUGUAUAGAACAGCCUGAGGCUUUGUUAUAAAUAUGUAUUUUAUAAUGAGACAUGUCAGAGAUUUUCCUGCCAUCAUUUGCUUUAUUUAUUCCAAAAGCAUAUUUUAAAUUCAAGCCAGAUGUGGUCUUCGAGUUAUGGUCCAUAAAACUUGUUUGAAGCAGGCUGCCUCAGAGUUGUCAUGUAUUGUGAAGCACAGGAUAUGUGAGUGCCUAUUACUGUCUAACAACUAAAGUAAUAUGAUAAAGCAUUUGGUAGUGGGCUGAUAAUAAGAUACAUAUUUGUUCUACAGCAAUAGGUUAAUGUAUACCCUUGAGCUGUUCCAUAUGGAGGUUAUUACAGCAAACUCUGUUGUUUUGCAGCUGCAUUAUACAAGUCUUACUCUCAUCUCCUCAUCUCUUAGAUUGCAAUCCCUUAAAUCCUCCUGCACAUGAGCUAAAAUUAAGCUUAUGGUCACUGAAAUAAUAAAGCAAUAGUUUUGCACCUUCAACUGACUUGAAAACUAUUUUUAUUAAAACAAUUGUGCGCCUUCUGAUCUAAGUACAAGUGGGCCAUUCAUGCUCACAGUUGGGGCUCCGUCUUUUCUAACUCGGUAGCCUUGUUCAAAUGAGCUUACUCGGCUUUUAUUUCCCUCUUCGAACUGGACGUUUCCACUGAUGCUGAAGUAAAUCAGCAGCAUAUCUAAAAGAGUUUUUUUCUGCCUUGUUACUUUCAGAGUCAGUGAUAUUUCCUUUUUAAUUUUUCACUCCUUAAACACCGCCAUAUCCCAAACUAUGUUUACCAAGCAUUUAUUAACUCACUUAGAAGAUUUCUCUGUUAAAGAGUACAUUUCUGUGUCUUCAAUCUCGGCUUUAGUCUCUUCUUAUUUCUUUGUCCCCAACUAUUGUAAGUUGACAGAACCUCUUUUGACUGAUAUGAUUGCAGUUAGUCUAUCGUAUAGUGUGUGUGAGUAGAGCUGCAUCCAUUGCAGUGGCCUAAUCUUCUUGGUGAAAAAUAACUUGCCAAUGAUGUGGUUUUUUGAACAAUUAGAACCAAUUAUCAAAUGUAGCUUUGUAAUAGCACAAGCAGUAUCUCAGAUAGAGAAAUGGUUCGGGAGAAAAAAAGAUGCAACCUUGUGAUAUCUGUCCCCAUACUCCAUUGCGAUGUAAACAACAAUGACACCUUAUGUGUGUUUUAUUUCAAAAUGUUAAAAUCUUGUGUGAAUAUUUGAAUAACAUUCAUUUCUAAAUAGCAGAGUUAACUGAGUAAGGUCAACACAUCCUGAUUGCCUUUAAAUUGUGAAAACAGCUAAAGUACUGUAACUGAUAACAUAUAAAAACGCUCUUAAAGAUGAGCCUGAAAUUUAGAAGAAGGCUAAAGAACAUGUACAUUUCUGACCCUUUGAAACCCUCUCGUGAUUUUGUUCACACCCCAACAGAUGAAAGGGUUUCACCUCACCUCCACACCACAUACACUCAUACACUCUUGUAUACCUUCUUGAUCGUGCAGCACAAACACACCUUGACUUGAUGAUGCUUUACAUGCUGGGAAAAACAAUAUACACUGUAAACAAAGAAGCAUUAUGGUUGCUUUUUGUUGUGGUAGCACUCGUCACAGUCUUCUGUAUGUCGGCCUGUGUUUAGACUACAGCAGGCUCUUUCUGUGUUUACUCCAGUAGCUGUGGUUUAUCAUUUUGUUACCUUUACACUACUCAGUAACACUAGCACACAUCCUAGUUUGAACUUCUCGUUGCUAAAACUAACUUGCAGGGACAUUUUUAUACACGUCAUAUGUAUUUUUAUCAACAUUAACUGGUCCGUUGCAUAUAUUUUUUAAACCGAUGUUGGGUUUCUGUUUGCAUUUUCAAUGGAAACAUGUUUGUGUGCAGCUUCUCCUUGAUUUCUCUUUUUUUUUUUUUUUUCUGUAACACUGUCAGAUAAAUUUAUUGCACCACAGAGAUGCCUUACACUAAAUCUUACGAUCGUGACAGUUCAUGUAUCGAAACUCUAAAAAACUUUGAUUGAUGUUAUUCUACUGUAUCACUUUAUGACUCCUGCCUUAAGUUCUGCUUUUAAGGCAGUGCUACACAUGUGAAGGUCUUGUAUUGAACUGUUGAUGAGUAUUUGCUUUGCAGUCAGAAGAAAUUAAUUAUCUCUUUGCUUUAUCUGUAAUGAUUUGAUUUGACCUCACGGGUUAUCUGUGCAGCUGUAUUAUUUCAUCGCCAAGCCUCUGUAAGGAAGACUUUGUGAGGGGCUGUUUGAGGCACUAUCACUAAAGUAAUAUAUUUUCUACAUCAUUUAAAAAUUAGACACAUUUAGGUGCUGUAACAAUUCUAAAAGACAGAUCUGUUCAUUAGAGCACAGUGAGUCGUGAGAUGUUGAUGUAAUUAUUAAUUGAAAUUGGACUUUGUGUGUUUUAUAUGCUUUGUUUGUGUAGAACGGUCCAUCUGUAUUGAAAUGUGUUAAACAUGAGAGCUGCAACUGCUGGA